AUUUUGCUUCCAAAUUCAGGGUGGCUGCCGCCAUGCGGUUUCGGGCCAAGAUCGUGGACGUCGCCUGCCUGAACCACUUCACCCGUGUGAUCAAUACAAUUGCCAAACUAGCCAAGACGUGCACUCUACGCCUUACAGUGGACAAACUUUACUUCAUCCUUACUGAUAAAGUGGCAAAUGGAGGGGUCAGCAUGUGGUGUGAGUUAAGUCAGGGGAACUUCUUUGAUGAAUUCCAGAUGGAAGGAGUAGCAGCAGAACACAAUGAAAUUUAUUUGGAGCUGACACCAGAAAACCUAUCAAGAGCUUUAAAAACAGCCCAGAAUGCCAAGACGGUGAAAAUCAAAUUGACUAACAAGCACUGCCCCUGUCUCACAGUAGCUGUGGAACUGCCCUCGUUAUCAAGCAGUAGUCGCAUUGUGACACAUGACAUUCCAGUGGGAGUUAUUCCCAGAAGACUGUGGAAUGAUUUCCGAGAGCCCAGUGUACCAGACUUCGAUGUCAGUAUUUACUUACCAGUGCUGAAGACCAUGAAGAGUGUUGUGGAAAGAAUGAAAAAUCUCAGCAAUUGCAUUGUGCUUGAAGCAAAUUUAAACGGAGAAAUGAACUUGAAAAUAGAAACCGAUUUAGUGUCGGUUACAACCCAUUUUAAAGGUCUUGGAAAUCCUCCAUGGGUAUCAGAGGAUGGUUCGCAAAAUUCUACUCAAGACAGAGAUCCGGAAAGCAUGGCUGAGGCACGCAUAGACAUUCGGAAGCUCCUGCAGCUACUUGCUGGGCAACAAGUAAAUCCCACGAAAGCCUUGUGUAAUAUUGUGAGCAAAAGGAUUGUUCACUUCAUUUUGCUUCAUGAGGAGGUUUCCCUUCAGUACUUCAUUCCAGCACUUGCAUGAAUACUCUUCUACAGCUCAGCAGUUCUGCCAUCUGAGGCCUUGUCUACAAAGAGUGAAACAAGCAUAAAGAGUGGGGAUUUUGUGCAUCGAUGGGCUCUUGGUCUAUAAUAUUUAAUAAGUUGUUAUAUAUAUUAUAUUAUAUAUAUUUAUAGAAUUAUUGUAAGAACUUGAUUUCCAAGGAUAUUAUAUUUUUGUGUUGAUUAUAUAUUGGA